GACUGCCAUGAUGUUUUUGUUUGUAUGGAUGUUAUUUACCUGGUCAUAUCUCACUCGUCGACAAGUAGGAAAAUAAGCAACCCAGUUCUCUCCCGUUGCAGGGAGAAGUGCAGUAACAAUUUAUUUUAAUAUUUACUACACGAACUAUAUAACAGUACGGCAAAUAAGUAGUAGAUAGCUAAGUAGUGUUGUAGCUAGUUUAAUGAAGCAUUAAUCCAGGUCGCUUCUCUUUCUUUUACGUUGGGAUCUCGUCUGUAAACUCGUGAAAUGUUGAUGUGCAGACCGCAGAUUAUUCCGAAUUUGGAGUAAUGCUUUACUGAUGAUUUUGUUUCGUGAAACAAGACAUCCACAUGGACACAGUCACCUCCUGGACUGAGCUAACAGCGAUUCUACACGAUGGCCACCUUUGGAGCAAGAGCAGUCCUCCUCAGCCUGCGGUGCACCAUCCGGAGAGCAGGCUCCUUUACCAAAACUGGGCUCGUGCACAGCUCCUGGGCAUGUUUUGUUACAAGAGGGCGGAUCUUAACCCAGAUACCCAAGGUCACGUUGCUAUGUUGGGGUGCAGUCAAUGCAUCAUCCUGUGCAGCCUCAUGUCAGGAAGCAACUCUUCCACGUCUAACCGCUGACAAAAAGUUUCUAGCCAAAGUCCAAGUGCACAAAGUGGUGUUUCUUCUCCGCUUCGGCCUUCGUGCAUUGGUGCUGCUCCUCAAAUUUGGCCCCCUGCUCCUCCUGUCCCCCUUGGCCCUGGUGUCCACCCGCUUGGCGUCUUUCUGGCUGGAGGCUCUGCUGUGGGUGACUGAAACAUCUGGGCCCACUUUCAUCAAGCUGGGUCAGUGGGCCAGCACCAGGCGGGACAUCUUCUCCCUGGAGUUCUGUGAGCGCUUCUCCAAGCUCCAUGUGAAGGUGCGCCCACACUCCUGGGCCCACACCAAGCAGUGUCUCCGGAGGGCCUUCGGGGAAGGCUGGAGGAAGGUUUUGAGGUUUGACAGCAAAGAGCCAGUGGGUUCGGGAUGCGUGGCUCAGGUGUACAAAGGCUGGGCGAAGGCGGACCAGGUGGAGGACCCGGUCUUCCAGUCUCUGGUGGAGGAGAUGGAGAAGGAAGACUUGCUAGAAGCCUGGGAGAUCCCUGGUCUGGGAGGAGUGGCAAGGUCCCUGUGGCGGCUCUGGAGGGGGGGUAAGGAGGAGGAGGAGGACUUUGGGGACAGAAGUCACCCAGAAGGGAUGUGCAGUGCAGAGAAGGAGCAUCUGAUACCUGUGGCUAUCAAGGUUGUCCAUCCAGGCAUCAGGAAGCAGGUGGAAAUCGACCUACUGCUGAUGAAAGCGGGGAGCUGGCUCCUGCAAUGCCUGCCCGGACUCAAGUGGCUCAGUCUGUGUGAGAUAGUAGACGAGUUUGAGAAGCUCAUGAUCAAACAGAUUGAUCUCCGUUUUGAGGCCAAGAACAUCGAGCGUUUCCAUGAAAAUUUCCGCAAUGUGGAUUACGUCAAGUUCCCAACCGCUUUACGACCUUUUGUCACCAGGACCAUUUUAGUGGAAACUUUUGAGGAGAGUGAGCCCGUAACCAACUACCUGAGCGCCGAGGUUCCUCUGGAGGUGAAGCAGAAAAUAGCCCGGAUGGGAAUGGAGACCAUGCUGAAGAUGGUGUUUGUGGACAACUUUGUCCACGGAGAUCUCCACCCCGGGAAUAUUCUGGUCCACACUUGUGGGCCUCUUCCCGGCUCCGCUGACGGUGCUGGUACAUCGGGGGACGCCCACGGUAAGACCACCCUCACUGACUUGUGGGACACGGUGGUGGUCAGCUUCAGGCCAGACGGGUGUCCUCUCCAGCUGGUGCUGUUGGACGCCGGCAUCGUAACCCAGCUCAGCGACUACGAUCUCGCCAACCUCAAGGCCGUCUUCACAGCUGUGGUGCUGCAUCGGGGUGAGCGAGUGGCGGAGUUGCUCCUGAAUCACGCUCGGGCCAACGAAUGCCACGACGUGCCGCAGUUUAAGAAGGAGGUGGCCCAGCUGGUGGACAACGCCCUCAGCAACACCCUCUCUCUGGGAAAGUUCCAAGUGGGUGAAUUGCUCUCCAGAGUUUUUGGUCUACUCAUCAAACACAAGGUGAAGCUGGAAAGUAAUUUUGCCUCCGUUGUGUUCGCCAUCAUGGUGCUGGAGGGUCUGGGCAGGUCACUGGAUCCCAACUUGGACAUCCUGGAUUUGGUGAAACCCCUGCUGCUAAAGAACGGUGCUUCACUGCUCUGACACAAACGUACAUAUAACACACAGACAGAGCUCGAGCACAGUGAAACACACACACACACACACACACACACACACACACACACACACACACACACAGAGAGAGACAGAGCUYGAGUACAGUGCACCACACACCUGUAAGUACGCAGAUACAUACUGUAUACAUGUAGUGAAUUGUUAGAUAAGGCACAUGUGUACACUGUAUCCUCCUAAUGCUGUGAUGAUGGGUUGUGCUCAAGCGUACAACAUACUGUGGAUCACAGCAUCACUUUCUCAUCGCUACAUUUUAGCAGUGACCUCAUUAAGUUUUACGCUUUCAUCACUACCACUCUUGAGUUUUAUUUUUGUAUACCAUUUUGAAGUCGUAACAUUUUACCCACAGGAAAAUGAAAAGCUUCCAGGCCUCUCUAGCUAAUGAAUCAGAGUGUGUGCGCUUUACGUGAGGCAUCACUUGUUUAUUGAGUGCUAAUGGACACAUUAGCAGACACACAGAAUGCAUCAGAGGGCAUUUGUAAUGAUCUAAAAUAUAUAAGAAAAUCCCGAAGCAUGUUUUACUUUUUUUAAUGAGCAGUAUUGAUCUCAGGAUGUCUUUUAUCACCUCAUCUUUUAGUGGACCUUAGAUGAUGUUGUCUAAUAGGCCAUGUUUGCUUUUAGUGUGAAUCACAAUGUACUGUAGCAUUGACCAAGUGACGCCUUUGGCUAAUUGUACUCACGACUGACCCGUGUAUUUUAACCUUCCAUUAAAAUAGUGGAAACACAUGGUGUAUUUUUAA